UCCAGCCUGUGUCUGUGUUCUCUGCUCGAAUCACAACAGUCAUGGACGGGGACUGAAUGUUUUCUUUGCACAUUUCAGCUGACAUUUCUGCAUCAGACGUUGUCAUUGUCCGGGUUCAGGUUUUUGUAUGAUGGUGUAGCAGAAAAUUGUAACCUGGGGAAAAUGGACUGCGAGGGGUUUACGGAGCAAAACACAGAAAGAAGUGUUUGCAUCGUUGGAUCGGAACUGGUGGAGAACUACACGGUUUAUAUAAUCGAGGUGAAGGUUGGGGAGCACCGGUGGACUGUAAAGCAUCGCUACAGUGACUUUCAUGAACUGCACGAAAAGCUCACUUCAGAGAAGAAGAUUGACAAACAUCUUCUGCCGCCGAAGAAGAUAAUUGGUAAAAAUUCCAAAACCCUUGUGGAAAAAAGGCAGAAGGAGCUGGAGGUGUAUCUGCAAACGUUGCUCAGCCAAUUCCCUGUAGCGGUCCCGAAAGUUUUAUCUGACUUUCUGCACUUCCAGUUCUAUGAAAUCAAUGGCAUCACUGCUACCCUGGCAGAAGAUCUGUUCCACAGAGGUGAGCAGUUGUUAGUUGCGGGUGAAGUUUUCCUCCUGAGGCCGCUACAGCUCUAUGCCAUCACCCAACAGCUGAAACUGGCCAAACCCACCUGUGCUAAUGGAGAUGCCAAGGCAGAUCUUGGCCACAUACUGGACUUUGCCUGCAGACUCAAAUAUCUCAAGAUCCCAGGGACAGUAGGAGUUGUGGGCACCAGCAAUAUUGCAGAACACAGCCUGACAUUUGACCUUUCUGUUUUUAAAUCCAUGCUCCAGAUUGAGAUAAAUGAUUGCAGUUCAGGACAGAUAAGAGGACUUCCUGUGUUAAAGCCCACUCUGGCUACACUCAGUAUUCAUCGCUCAGCUCUGUCCAUGAAGGAAAUGUUAGUUCCCGAAGCUGCUGAGUUUGCCCAGUGGGAACCCGAAGGCUUGGACAUCGAUGGUGCAGUGACAGCAAUCAUUCCCACUUGGAAGUUACUAACCACCUUGGACAUGAGCCACAAUAACAUCAGCUGCAUCGAUGAGUCUGUGAAACUGAUUCCUGCAGUUGAAUUCCUUGAUCUUGGACACAAUUGCAUAUCACUGGUGGAAAAUAUACAGUAUCUGUACAAUCUAGUGCACUUGGACCUGUCCUAUAACAAGCUCACGGUCCUCGAGGGUGUUCACACUAAACUAGGCAACAUCAAGACCCUGAAUUUGGCCGGGAAUCAACUUGAAACCCUGUCUGGUCUCAGUAAACUUUACUCUCUUGUGAACCUGGACUUGAGCAGUAACAGAUUAGCACAGUUGGAUGAAAUAAAGCACAUCGGAAUGCUGCCCUGUUUGGAAAAACUGUCCAUCGCCAACAACCCCAUGUGCAUUAUUCCUGACUACAGAACAAAGGUUCUGGCGCAGUUCUGUGACAGAGCAUCAGAGGUUUGCCUAGAUGGUACAGUAACCACUGAGAAGGAGUUGGACACUGUUGAAGUGCUGAAAGCCAUUCAGAAAGCCAAAGAAGCGAAAGACAGAAUGGCAAACUCUGAUAAAAAGAUUAGUGAUGUCCCCAGACGGACUGAUGCAGGGCUAAAUCCCUCAUCCUCCGGCUCUGUCACUGCUUCACAGUCUUCCUCUUCUUUUUCCUCUUCUUCGCUUCACUGUGCCAGCUCCAGCCAAGAAAUAGCCUGCAAAGACGAUGCCUUUCUUACCAAAGAGAUAUUGACUCAUGUGGAUUCUACACUUACCCAGCGAUGCUGUAAUGACCUCCCCACAGCCUGUGAGGCCACACCUCAGGUGAGGACUCAACUUACUACCGGUUCAACUUCUGAGAUCAAUUCUGAGGAGAAACAUGAAAAUUCUGGCUGCUUUUACUGUGAAGAAAACCAGGAAUCCUGGACCAGCAGAUGCUCCACACCUGUACUACCCUUCUGUUAUUUGUCCUACACCACCACGAAUUUGGACUUCAUUACUCGGCUUUCUGAUUUAAUCUGGCAAAAACAUAUGGAGAAUAAAACAUCCAUUGAAUGCAGGACCUCCUCUGUGGAUGUGACUGAGCAGGGCAGUCCUGACUCUGGAGGCAGUUACUUUGAGAUGGGCCCAGAUCACAAUGAUGAGAUCAUGGGUUGUUCUUCCUCUUCCACACUUCUGGAUAAUGAAUCUGAGAAUGUGGAAAGCUCAAGCAUUCAGAUCAGUCUGAUAGUGUGGUCUCACUGCAUCAGUGUGGGCCAAGAUGGAGGUCUGAAUCAGAUACCGUGCUGUUUGGCUGCAACGGAUAACGCACUGGUGGUUUUUCAGACACGGUCCAAAGAGAAACCACAUAACUUGGACGAGCUAAUGGACAGUAUUAAAGUAGCACUGAUGGUGCCAUAUUCAGACAUUGAGGCAUUUCGGUUUGAUGUUCCAGACACUUGCGUCUUCUUAAGGACAAAGUCUAGCACCAUGCGGUGUUUCUUUUUCUCAGAUGGACAACAUUUGAAAGAGAUCCAUUCCCAUGUGAACUUGCUUCUAGAUAAAAAACAAAUUGAAAGUAUCAGUGAACAGUCUAACAUCCAGUUGUUUAUUCAGCAGUUUCUAAAUUCUUGGGAAAUCGAAGAGAGUGAUAGCGGAGUAAAAGGUGGAUACAUAGCUCACAUUCUGGACCAUGCGUCAUUGCCCCCACAAAGUCAAAACAGCUCUAUUCCCUCGGACAUUUUAUCUCCAGUAUAUGAAAGCCACACUUCCAUCCCAUUACUUUUGUUCCUCACAGCACGACAUCUCUGCGUGCUUAAGGUUGAUUUCAUUGGCAUGGCAUCAAAACCCAACGGAAAUUGCAUACGUUCCUGUACCAAGUUCACCAGAAUUCCACUGGCAUCUACCUUACUGAACCCCAAGAAAAGUCGAACUGGACAAAGCAGUUCAGCCACCCAUUGUUUUUGUGAUGGCCAUGUUUUAGAGCUCAUGGCAGGGCAUGCACACCUAGCUGUCAUUUUUGCUCUCCCCCAUGACAAGUUUCUGUUUCUGAAGCAGUUUGCUCAGUUCCGUGCCAGCCUUCGAGAUAUCAAGACCAUCGCGCUUUUGCAGACGAGUAAACGCCAACUGACGGCAAACAUUGCAAGUCCUAGCAAAGCUACAGGGAAAAAGAGUGUUCCUCAGGACCCACAGAAACCCCAUUUAACCUUGUCUCUGGUCAACCCUGGAGACUCGCUAAUCCAGCAGCUGUCGGAUGAAAACCAGUGUCCGUCCCACCUAUCGCUGUCUUCAGCCCUGCGUCACCUGUCCUUAUUGAGGGGCAAGGAGGUUCUAAUUUUCUUCCAUGACAACAUCGCAGAGGUGGAGAAUGAAGAGCUAAAGCACAUGCUUUGGACCUCUGUGCUUUUCUACAAAUCCCCUGAUGUGGAGUUGACCGCCUGCGUUAUGCUGUCUACCAAAGCUGUUUACUUUAUCCUGGAUGAUGCUGCGUCCGCACUCAGCGAUCAAGCUUUGAUGUGGAGUUGGCACCCGUCAGACCACAAGGACACCGAUUUCCUUAUCUCCUUUUGCUUUGCGAUGAAACUGAAUGAGCUCCAGAGUGUAAAUGUGGGACUGUUUGACCAGUACUUCAGAGUGGUGGGUUCCUUUCCAGAGCACAUCAUCUCAUGCCUAACCAGAGACAGCUACAGCACACACCACUUUCUCCAGCAGCUGAUGAGUGUGCUGUCUUUACUGGAAAAAGCACCUUCACCAGAGCCUUCAGACCAAGACUUCUACACGCAGUUCGGCAAGAAGAGCACAGGCAUAAUGGAGAACUACGAGCUGGUGCACUCAAGCCGUGUGAAGUUUGUCUACCCGAGUGAGGAGGAGAUCGGUGACUUAACCUUCAUUGCGGCGGAGAGGAAAGGACCUCAAGGACCUACCCACUCGUUUAACGUCCUCUUCUACGCGCUGGUGUUCCAAGUUCAGAGCGGUCUGGGUGCGGGAACUGAGCUGCAGCCCAAGAGUCUCGUUCUGAGCAGCACACAUGUCUUCCUACUGGAUGAGGACUACAUCAGCUACCCGUUGCCCCAGUUUGCCAAAGAGCCACCUCAGAGAGACAAAUACAGGCUCACAGACGCCCGCAGAAUACGAGACCUGGACCGUGUGCUCAUGGGAUACCAGCCGUACCCACAGGCGCUCACACUGGUCUUUGAUGACGUGCCUGGACCUGAUCUGCUGUGCCAUCUGACCAUGGACCAUUUCUCUGAUGAGAAGGAGAGGAAACGGAUGCAGGGUGGUGAUGGAGCUGAGAGCGAGGUACAGUGGUGUAUUUUUGUCCCUGGCGCAGACAGCAGGGAGAGACUGAUCUCACUUCUGGCUCGCCAGUGGGAAGCGCUGUGCAGCCGGGAACUUCCACUGGAGCUUACGGGCUAAUAGAGGCCCAAAGGUAAUUAAGGAAAAAUAAAGACUAUGUCUAAUAAGUGACUGGGUGUCUUAGCUUCAGUUUUAGUCUGAGCUUUAGUUUUCUUUAUGAAGUCUUUAAGCAUUCAGCAUCAGGCAAUAUGACAUAAUAUUGACAUAUAUAUCUAUGUAUAUGACAUUAUCACAAAAUGAUGAUAAUGACGGUCAACAAAGUUGAAAGUGACAGAACACACCAGCAUAGCACCUGUGCACAUCUGUGCAUUUAACAAAGGGUAUACUACUUACACAUAAACAGCUAUAGGAAGAAAGAAAAUCAUAACAUCAGAUCAGCUACUUUAAGUUUGUUGUCUUUGCUGUUUCAUGCUACCGCAACAUCACUAACAUCUAAAUCUUUUUUUUAAACAGUUGUUUAUUUACAGCGGCAGUAAAACCAUAAUUACUGUUUCAUUGAACAUGCUAAACUGGGAACCUGAUCAGGAAAUUUGAAAGACAUCCAAAACACAAUGUCCGCCAGUGUCAUCAUGACUUUUAGUGCACAUGACUGCUCGUUCUGCCAACCUGAGGGGAAAUUAUACUAAACUAGCUGAUUUACUAGUUUUCUUUAAAUGAAACAACAUAUUUAGUCUUUCAAGACCUACUUGUACAAAUAACCUGAAGAUACUUAAAACAUCAUUAAAAAACAAAAAACAAAAAAACACUGGCCUGAAACAUGAAUUUAGUAACUCAGUCACUAAUCGUCUGUACAGCUUUAUCCUGUGUACAUGGACACAGGGGACCUGGAGCAAUUUGGGAACACCAGUUAGCUUAACCUGCAUGUCUUUGGACUGUGGGAGGAAACCAGAGUACCCUGAAGAAACCCAAUAAGCACCGGGAGAACAUGCAAACUCCAUGCACUCAGUCCACAGGCGGAAGUCGAACCUAGAACCUGGAGCUGCGAGGUGACAGUGCUAACCACUAAGUAAAAAGUUAAUUAAUUUAUUAAGGAAGUAGUAACUUCUUGUCCAGCAUGCUUGUCUGUCAGACUUUUUAAAGACAAACAAUGCAGGGCAUUUAUGAUCCUGGGGCGGGGAUUUUGUGAACGUGGCCGAGGGGGAAUUCAAUUUUAUUUAUUUAUUUAUUUAUUUUUUCCCCAUUAAUUGGAUUGAGUUGAAGUUGAAGACUAGCAAAUUAGUCAGAUGAACUUGCUAUUUAUGAUGUUAAACUACAUUAACUAAUUUUAAUUCCAGAACAUCGGCUAAUCUAAAAAUACAGAUGUUAAGGAUUUUUUUUCCUUCAUUUUGUUAAUCUACUUUAAGCAGGGCCAGAUCAAGACCUUCAGUGAAAUCAAUUAUGCAAGUAUGCUCUUUUUUUGAAUGUCAGUUUGUUGCAUGAACAACCAUCACUAAACUACCUAAAUUUUUAGAAUGUUUGCUUAUUUUGCUACUACAAUGUAUAGUUUUGACAGUCUUUUAAUACUAACACUACCUGUGCGGCAAAGAUAACAACUGAUAAUAUCAUAACCACUGUUUUGUCUGAGUCUCAGUAACUGAUCGUCUUAGAUAAAAUAGAAGGUGCAACUAACAAUGAGGGUCUUCUGUUUGCUAAAGUCCAGAUGCUCCAAAUCCAUUUUCUAGAGCUGCAAAAAAUGCUGGAUAACAGAAAAAAACUUCAAAGGGAAAACUAAAGCUAAAAAAGCUGAAGCUAAAACAUUGGAUGUGGUUAUCCUCAUGUAGUUCAAAGGAAGAAAAAGAAAAAUCCUCCCAGCUUAUACACACAAACACACACACGCACACACACGUUCUUUGUUUCAUUUUUACUUACGCUUUCAACACAAAGCAUCCUGGGAAGUUUUGUGUAGAGUCCACAAGAGUAUAAUAUUUUCUUUUCCGUAUCAGCCUUCAAACUUUGCUGUUCUUCUCACACUGCUUAUAUUUUAUUUACUUGCUGCUUUGUACAAUCUACCGAAUGUAAAUUACUGAACAGAAUAAUGUGUUAUUAAAUGUUGUAUUUUAUUAGAAAUAUCAUAAAAAAUGUAUGUUCCGAGUUGAUUUUAAUUAUUGAAUGGUUUCAUAUGAUUUAUGUUUUAAAGCAUUAUGUCUUUUUAAACAGUCAUUUUGAGUUGUACAGGUUGUACAUUGUGGUUUACAAAAAUAGAACAUUUUUUGUCAUGCAUUAAUGAAUUUGAUUUUAUGCCAUUAUUUGCCUUGGACAUUAAAAGCAUGCACUUUUGGAUUUAUGUUGUCCCCCCCCCGCUUUUUUAUUUUUCUUUUUAACAAAAAUAAAUGUAAUUAAUCCGAAUGUGUCCUGUGUAAACGCUUCAUUUUGGUAUGUUAAUGUUAUUCUGUACUGUAAAGUGGCUGUUCAGGUAGGUGCAUUUGAUAAACUUGAUCUACCUGUAUUACACAAUGUUGAGUCCAAAUAAUACUCCAUGUACUCUGAACAACUAAAAUCUGUAAGGUGCUUGAAUCCGUAUAAAGAGGAAGAUUUACCCAUACCGUAUAGCACCCGGGUACCAUCAUUUCCCCUGCAACUAAGUGAACCCAGCUGUCACAUGAUGUAAAAUAAAGCAAUUUAUCAGAC